UUGCUCUUGGUCGUAAUCAGCCCUUGAAAAAAGAGAAACCAAAAUGGAAAAGUGAUUACCCCAUGACUGACGGACAGUUGCGCAGUAAGAGAGACGAAUUUUGGGACACAGCACCAGCUUUCGAAGGUCGAAAGGAGAUUUGGGAUGCCCUCAAGGCUGCUGCACAUGCUUUCGAGAGCAAUGAUCAUGAACUGGCACAAGCAAUCAUUGAUGGUGCAAACAUAACACUACCACAUGGUGCUCUUACAGAGUGUUACGAUGAACUGGGCAACCGGUACCAGCUUCCUGUCUACUGCCUCGCCCCACCUAUCAACAUGAUAGAGGAGAAGGGUGACCUGGAGACUCUGGAUAUUCCAGAUCCCCCACCCAAUUCAGGGCAUGAAUGCCAGCUUCGUUUGCGCCUGUCCACAGGCAAAGACCUCAAACUCAUGGUCCGCAGCAUGGACACGGUGUACCACAUGAAGAGGCGGCUGCACGCGGUGGAGGGAGUGGAGCCAGGCAGCCAGCGCUGGUUCUUCUCAGGCAGGCCGCUGGCAGACAAAAUGAAACUGGAGGAGCUGAAAAUCCCAAAGGACUAUGUGGUGCAAGUCAUCGUGAGCCAGCCCUUAGCAAAUCCCACCCCGGUGGAAAACUGACUUCUGCUUGUUUAUUGAUUCUUCUUCCCUCCGUCUCUGUCAUGGGGUUUGUUUUCACUGCCCUCUCUUCUUUCGGUUUGUCCUGCUAAUGGAUUGGUUCCAAAAAAUGACCAGCAAAAAUUCCAUCUGUGAUGGAGAUCUGCAAAAACAAAACAUAAAAAUGUAAACUGGCCUUUGGGGUUUGCCUGAUCAUCAUAUUUAACACAACAGCAGGCAGCACAGGGCAAGGGCAAAAGAAGGGAGAGGGAAGGGGAAGGGAAAAGGGAGGGGGUAUAAAGAGGGAGGGAAGAGAUUGUAGUUCAUUUAAACAAUACAAAUAUGUAAUGAUUCUUAAAACUGUAGGUGGUGUCCUGAUCCAUGGAGCCAGAGCAACAGAGAGCACUUUUUUUAAUUAAACUAAUCAAUUUAUAAAAUUUCACAUCAGCACCACAUACAGUUCAAGAAUCACAGCUGCUCUGGGUAGGUCCCGUGCUGCCUGUUCACGGGGAUCCUUUCUGGUUUGACCUAACUCACGUGCUUUGCCCAGGCACAGCCAGCCCUGGGUAGCAGAGCUGUGCUGGCAGCUCGAUCUCCGUCCCUGCAGGCAGCUCUCGGUGAUGCUCAGACCAAGCAAUUGUACAUUCCAAGAUGGCAACACAGUCCUGUGCCAUUGCUGGCUCCCGAGCUGGGAACGCAGCCCACCGGAGCCUUAGGCAAUAACUUAGUCAAUGUAUACUUUCAUGUACUGUACUGUAACUUACUUGCUACAAGACUGACUUAGCCUGAAGUUUACUGGCUGACUGGCACCUGAGUACGUGCCUGCUGAAUUAUUAUAUAUCACUCAGAUCAUGAAAACAAGCUUUGAUCAGGCUAGCUGAGUGAUGCGCUGGUCUGUGCUUAAGCGUUAGGUGCAUCACCUUUGUCAAAUGGCACCAGUGUAAUAGGUCCAGGUUAAACUGCAGUUAGAUGCAAUAGAUUGCAACUUCCCCUGCUAAGUUCCUAGAGGGCACAAAGCGUGGAAGAUGGUAAGGAGGACAUGACAGCGUAUGGUUUUCAGCUUUUUGUGUGAGUGUCAUCUGAAACAGCGGCCAGUCUUCUAGCUCUGGUGACUCCCCAGCCAGGGCAACUGGAGGCACCCGCACUGACACACCCCCGCAGCCCAGAGCGUGAUGGUAGUGUUUCACAGCCAGUGCUUUCCCUUCAGAAUGUAAGAGGAGCCCUUUCAGCAAAUGACAAAUCCUUUUGUAGACUCAAAAAUCUGAAUCAGAGCAUAUUGGGAGGGGUGGGGAAUCUAAUUGUUUGUUUCCUCAGUUAAGAGAUGCUCUCUGUGUUCCUUUGGCUGCUCUGCACCCCUGUCUGGUAAUGCUUUCGUGUGAGAUCAAAUGCCCUGUUCCUUUUAAAUGUGAUUUCUAGUUUGCUUGGUUUUUCAGCCAUCAUUGAAAUAACCUCAAUUCUUCCCAAGUCAAAUGUGCUAUUCAGGUAUGAAUAGCGUAUUUUUAUUGGUUUCUGUCUUCCCUCUUUGGUCUGAAUGAUUUAAAGCUACAGUUGUUCCAGCUCUUUCUUGUCUUCUCGUGAAACUGGUGGGUUACACUGACAAUUUUAAACUUUACUCCUUCAUUAAUUCCACAGAACUCAGUUUCUUGGACUCGAAGGGAGUUCUUGCUCCGUGAGCAUCAGCGUAGAGCCAGAAUGAGCAGAGGUCACUUGUAGAACAACAAGAGUCUUUCCCAGCAAGUGGAAGCAGGCACACAAGUUACCUUGAUGGUUGCAAAACAGAUCCACAGUUUAUAUGCAUUUCCCUGAAUGCAUAUAAAAUAACUUGAAUUAUUAUAUAUAAUAACCUGAAAUAAAUAUAUCUCUCUUUUUGGUCCCCAUGUUGUAUUAAGCCUAUGGUUUUUUGACAGCUCCUAAUUUGGUACAGGAUGAAUGAAGUGCAGUGGCAGAGCUGUAUAAAGGAAAAUUAGUUCCCUGUUCUCCUAAACACCAAAGUGACUUGGAUUUAUUUUUUGUUGUGUUUUUUUUUUCUUUUUAAAGAUAAAAUCAAAGUUGAUAAAUACUAAUCUAUAAUAAAUUUUCUAUUGUGGAGUUUUUUUAAGACAGACAUGAUUUACUCUACUGGGUUUUUGCAGACAGAUCUUUUGCAUUACAGAGGGGAAAAAAAUACUUGAUAUAUAAACAGCUAAAAAAUCUCUUGGGUUUUCCCUGGGCAAAGGAUGGUUUUGUGCCAGAAAGACACUACUUGUUUUGUAAGAGAUAACUUACCUCUCUGUAUAAAUGGUUUUUACAAUGUCAUUUCCCUGCAGUCUGUUCUGGAAGCAGAGAAAUCAUGAUAGAUUAAGGAGGAGCAAACCAGAGUGACAGUUCUGUAACUGUGAAUACCAAAACACUACCUUUUUUUUUUUGUAUGAUACAUUUUGUUGAUUUUUUUUUUUUUUUCCAUUUUUGAUUCAGGCCAUUGUCACCAUGUACUGUUUUUGAGAUUACAGAGUGUAGGGUCUGGGAGAGCUCCUUCUUUCCCUCUCCUUCCUCUUAGCUGUAAAAGGUUCAGUUUUAUUAUGCCAUAAUAGUUGACUAUGUUUUAUACUAAUUGCUUUUUAUGUUAGGGAGCAAGGUGAUGAUCUGAAGGCCACAUCAUAAGUGGGCUAUCAGUAGAACAGAGAAUUGGUUCAUGAAAAUACUCUUUUCUCUAACAGCCUUCCUCCCCUUCCUGUCCCUUAAGCACGUAUCUAAAACAAAAAAUUCAAUGGUAAAAUGCUUUUAUAGGUGAAAAUGAAGUCUUUUCAAGAUCUUUUAUAUAAAAUGACAGGUGUACUAAGCACAUACCCUGCUGGAAACAAAUUUUACAAGAUUUAGGAAAGAAUUAUGUUUCAAAAUAUAUAUAUAUUAAAAAAAUAAGCAUACAGCAUGUUGACUGACAUAUCCCAUGUAUACAACUAGAAGUUGCAAUACACAUUGAGAGAAGAGUCAUUUCUGUCCCUGAGAUGCCUUGUCUUUGUUCUGUGAGAUGGUCUUUGGCGCAAAGGCCAGUGCUGGGGACCAGGCUGAGGCUCCAGCGGGACUUAUGCGAGCUCCUGGGGCAGAGCAGGGCUCCCCACAUGCCUGAGGGAGGGAAGGUUUGUUUAAUUGCAGAGCAGAGUAGACAUGGCUGAAGUGAGACUAACCAAGUACUAAACUGCUGUCUAGCUGGCAGCCCCAGUGAGGACUGGUGCAGGUCUGCAUGGUGGGCACCAGCGGCUGCUCACGGGGAGACAGGAUAGAAGCAUGCUGGUGUGUGCAUCUUUGUUUUGCAGCGUGAGCGUGUGUUGAACUUGCAGCUCGUUGCCACUGGACACGGCCUGGGCAGGGUUUCGGCAUGCCAGCUGGCGUGCUGCCCUGCACUUUGUGGUGUCUUGGGUAUAAUCGAAGCAAUGCAACAGGUUUUUUAAUGUACACAGCCAUGAACUGCAAUGCCAAGUACAGAUAAGUGAGGAAUAGUAAGAUUUUUUUAUUUGUUAGACCCAUCAGCCCUUUGUGUCAUUCCUGAUUAGCUCGGGCUAUGAACUGAUGCUAGCAGACAACAUUUUUCUACGACAUUAGUGACAGGUUUGUUUGACAUGAUUCAGAUUUUUAUACUCUUUAUUGUUGCUUCUGUCUGAACCAGAAGUAAUAACCUAGUGAAAGUCCACACUCCUGAACAGGUUGAAGGGUAGAGAGGCAUAGACAUGUGUAGUCUGCUGGGGCAAGGGAGCUCUAGAAGAGCUGCAGGUGCUGUAGGUACAUUUCUCAGUGUGCCACAGAAGGGUGCUCAGGGUCAUCUUCCACAACCACGUGACAGCUGCUCCUUUAGAGCAUCCAGCUCCCGAAAGUUUCAUUGACUACCUUGGCUCUUUGUGUGUCACAGUUUAUUGGUGUCCUCUGCAGAAAACAUAGCUUGGAAUAGCUGCACUGAGAGAACUUUUUUAUAGUUUUCUGAAGGCUCUGCUUCUCUGGAUCUGGGAAAUACUUUAGAAAACUCAAUGGUGUGAGUCAACAGUGUAAUAAGUUGGGAUUUUAAUAGACCCUAAUGCUAAAAGCAGUAAUAAUAACAAAAAAACUCACCCCAGGAGCAACCAAACAAAACCCAGCUUCUCUUCACCUUUCACAGAAAGUUCCUAAGUUGCUUUGGGGAGAAGAGGAAAGAGGGGUUCAUUGGAGCAACAAGGCAACACAUGGCAUUGUGCAUAAUCUUUGGUAAAACAGAUGGCCAAUAGAUAAAAUAUUGCUGUAGUAUGACAUGCUUCUGCAUAUAUAUCCAUUGUUAAUAAAUAAUGUAAAAACUGUUUAAAAACUAUUAAAAAAAAUAAUCUUUGUUACAAUGGUGGGAUGCUUUUAGCCAUGAAGUUUUGAAAGCAUUUUCACUGUGUCAGUGUUGACAAACUGAAUGCUGUAUGUUUCUCCAUUUCUAUCUUCAGAAGCAUAAGUGGUAGCUACAUUUCUGACUCUUGAUCUAUUUUACAAACGCUUUUCUAUGUCAUUGUACAUACAUCCAAGACCCUGCACCUUAUGCAGAGAAUGUUUACAUUUAAAAAAAAAAAAAAAGUUGUCUUUUUCACUGCGCUGCUCAGAUCCUGUUAUGUUGAAAUGAAAGUAGUCUGUUAGAAAAAGGGGGCUUUAUUUCCUUUGCCCUUCACUGCUUCCCCCAUAAUUCUGACUCCCUCCUGGAUGACAGCUGGCAGCUCUUGGACAGCUUGCGCUCUCCUGAAGUAGGAUAUAGAGGUAUUUGAGAAAGGCAUUUUCAAAAACUUGCUUUGGGUGGGGGGAUGAGCUUCAUAUGCUCUGCAACUUCCUUGGAAAAAGAAAAAAAUCUGCUUCAAACCCACUAGAUGUUGGUGGUCUGCCUUGUAAGUUAACUGAUCGAGGAAGCCUUGGAGUUAAACUUCCCAGCAACCAUGCUUCUGUCUUCUCCCAAAGAAGAUGAAUGUCCUGCGAUUAUAUCUGCAGCUACAAACACUUCUGUUGGUUAAUGACUGUAUAUACAAGUCUGCCUGCUUUAAGACUUUCCGUUUCAUAAAGUGUUUUUGAUUGUUCUGUUCUGCAAAUGGCUCUCCUCUUCCAUAUUUCAUCAGUUUAGAUACUCCGUAGCCGCGUGUGUGUUGCUCUUGUUCAUAGGAGAUGGAGCUAUAGCUCUCCUUCAAAGGGAGAUACAUGCCACUGAGCCUACAAAAGUCAAAUGGUUGGAAGAUGUGAUGUUUUAACCAGCGGGCUUCUUACUGUGGAUUUUGAGACUUUUAAUAAAUACAUCCACUGGACUCUCUGUGAAGAAGCAUGUUCCUGCUCUCAAAGCAGGACCACUUGUUGGGUAUUUAUCUGGUAGAACUCUGUAUUUGUAUAUUUUACAGAUGAAGACCAUUCGAUCAGAGCCAUGGGGCAAAUAGAGAACUUAAAAUCCUGACUCCUGCCUUAAAACUUUAGUUCAUCUUGAGCUCCAAAAAUUCUGCACCUGCUUGUUCCCACGUCCCUUUUUUCUUUAGGAAAUUUGAGUCCAGUCAAAGGCUGGAGACAAUUUAAUGAAAUUUAAAACAAAUUUUAGCUGAUGGCUUUAUUAAAAUAACUAACCAGUCUUGUAUUGAAAACCCUAUUUGUGCCUCUUUUAAGUCCAGGGAAUGUUUAAAAAGUGGAGGUGGCUUUUGAGCAAUGAUUGAAACGACUGCAUUAGCUGGCAAUUUGUAAGACCCUUGCUUUCAUAUGCUCUGAGCAAGAGACUUUGGUUUGUGUCCUCUCUGCCUCAUGGUAAUGGCUUUCAAAGAUGGCUGGUACCAUCAAAUUUGUACUUCUUGAAUAAAUAUCUUCAUUUUUAUGGUAAAACCUUUUGUAUGCAGUUUGUUUGUGUGUGCCAUGUAACAUUCAUUUACGUAGGAUAUGGUGCUAGAUUUGGUAUUGACACAGAAAAUCCAACACGCCAUGAAACAAGGAUGAGGGGAUUCCAAUGAUGUGACCAUUUUUUCCCUUGUAAUUUUUAUGAAGUCAUUUAGAAUCAAAUAUAACAGUUGUACAAAAUAUGCUUUUAAAUUUCCUUCACGGCUCCUUCAGUUAAUGAAGAAUUCUAGGACAAUACAAAGAUGCUGUGAACAUCAGGUAACUUUUAAAAUGCAUUAUGUAUUUUUGUGUUGUACCUCUGUUUCUUGGUUGACAUAUCUCAGUAGCGUGUGCACGUAUUUUUAAUUAGCUGCAAAGCACAAGCAGGUUGUCUGUUAAAUUAUAUAGGGGUUUUUUUAACCUAGGGAAGAUCUUUUACCAGUGAGAGCAAACCAUCGUGAACGUCUAUCAGAAAUGCUGUACAAAAUUUCCUGUAUUUAAAACAAAAAAGAAACUUUUUUCUCCCCUGCAUUUAAAAAA